AUGGAUAAAACGAAGAAAGUGCGAACGGCUCACCGUAGCGCCUUCACCAAAGCGCUGAACGCACUGAAUGCGUUAAGAGGUGAAGGAUCGGAAGCCACGCGUCAAGAAAUUAUAGUGGCCUUUCAAUUACUCGAAGCAAAGAUGCGAGAUUUGGAAGCAAGCUCACAGGCCUUUAUGCAUCUGAUGUUUGAUUCGGAUAGCGCGACGGAUGCAGAUAUUCAAGAGGAAUAUGACGACGCAGACCAGUAUAAAAAACAGUUCCUCGCAACAAGGUUGCAGAUAGCUGAUUACACCGAUCCGAAGGAAAAUCAGGAACCAUCGGGGAGUACAAACGGCGUACCAGGAGAUAAUAAAAAGUCGUUCAAGUUACCGAAAAUCGAGCUGGCUAAAUUCGGUGGAGACGUACAGGAAUGGCUACAGAUCUGGAGUUUAUUCAAGAAAAUUCAUGAAGACGCGAAUAUCGCGAAUGAAGAUAAAUUCCAAUAUCUCAUACAAUCCAUGGUUCCGGACUCUCGUGCCGCCGAUUUAGUGAAAAGUUAUCCGCCUACGGCCGAGAAUUAUAGCAAGGUAAUCAGCAGCCUGAAGAAUCGUUUUGGACGUGAUGAUCUACAGAUCGAAGUAUAUGUGCGCGAGCUUUUGCAACUCGUUUUACAAAAUGCGUUGAAAUCCAAGGCUUUUUCCCUCACGAGUUUGUACGAUAAAAUUGAGUCACAUCUAAGAGUGCUCGAAUCUCUGGGCGUCACAACGGAUAAGUGUGCGGCGAUGCUGUUUCCGCUAGUAGAGUCAUCGCUGCCGGAAGACGUUUUACGCGCGUGGCAGAGAAGUUCUGUAAACAAUGCCGCGUUGCAGAGUGGAGAUAGUGCGACGUCUCAGUGCAAGGAUCGACUGACGCAACUUAUCAAGUUCUUGGAAGGAGAAGUGCAAAACGAACUACGGAUUUCUAUGGCGGUCAAAGGCUUCGAUUUAACAACGGGUAAUGCGGAUAGUGGGAAAAAGCGAAGAUCGAAGACACACACGAAGGAGGAGGAUGUCCCGACCGCAAUGGGAUUGCUGACGACGAAGGAAAAGGAUAGUGCGUGUAUAUUUUGCAAUUCCAAUCACGAAAGUGCGCGUUGUGAAAAUGCCAGGAAAAUGAGCCUCUCUGAAAGACGAGAUCACGCGAAGAAACAGAACGUUUGUUUUAAUUGUCUAAAGGCAGGACAUAAUUUUAAACAGUGCCGAAGUAAAGUGAACUGUAGCUGGUGUUCGAUGCGGCAUGUGCUUUUGAUGUGUCCUAAAAUAGAGAAAAAGGACAAGGACAGUAAGGUUGAUUCUAAAUCGCAAGAUUCUGAGAAAGCGAAUAGUGAGUGUAAUCUGGCUAACCUCUCGAGUGAUCCGGAAGUGUUAAUGCAAACGUUGUGCGUGAAAUUGCGGAACGGAAACAAGGAAUAUAUUGUUCGAGCAAUUGUUGAUACCGGAUCUCAGAAAUCUUACGUCACCAAGGAAGCGGCCGAGCACCUGGACUACGAGCCAAUUGCCGAGCAGACGAUGACACACUCCCUUUUCGGUGGACAAAAAACGGACGCGGUGCAACACAAAAAAUAUCGGAUUCGCUUGAGCAGUCUGGACAAUAAAUAUUGCUGUAAUUUCAUCGCGUUGGGCCAGGCUGUUAUUUGUGAAAGAGUACCGCUAAUAAAAAUCGGAGAGUGGGAUCGAGAGCUGGAAAAAUUCGACAUUGAUGUGAGUGAUCGGCAUAGUAAGAGAGAGUCGAUUUCAGUGCUCAUCGGUGCCGACGUGGCCGGCAAAUUGUAUACGGGCCGUGUUUACGUACUGAAAGGCGGCUUAGUUGCCAUCGAAACGUGUCUUGGUUGGACAGUUAUGGGGAAGGUUCCCGAAUCCAAAACAAGUGAGAGUGCUGCGACGACUGCUAUAUCGCUGUUUAUAAACAAGGUAGAGAUCGCGGACAUGUGGUCGUUGGACGUUCUGGGAAUACGCGAUCCGAUCGAGACGAAAACACAGAAGGAAAAAGAUGUCGAGAUGCAAGAAGCUUUUCUGAAAACCGUGCGAGUUAACGAAGAGGGGCGAUACGAGAUACAGUUGCCGUGGUUGCCGAGUCACCCUGCUUUGCCACGUAAUAAGGAGACGGCUAUGCGUCGGUUGCAGUCUACGGAACGAAAAUUGAAGGCCGAAAAUCUGUAUGCUGAUUAUGAUGCGGUUUUCAACGAAUGGCUGGCGGAGGGAAUCAUCGAGCGUGUCCCGGUGCAAGAAGAAAAGGAUGGGGGCUAUUAUCUACCUCACCGACACGUGGUCAAGGAGGGCAGCACGACGAGAAUUCGACCGGUGUUCGACGCAUCAGCCAAGGAACGGACGUCGCCAUCGCUCAACGAGUGCCUUCAUAAGGGUCCAAAUUUGAUAGAAUUGAUCGCGUCCAUUCUUCUGCGCUUUAGGGAAAAUAAAAUCGGAAUAAUAGCUGAUAUUAAAAGGGCUUUUUUGCAAAUCAGUUUCGAUAAAAGAGAUCGAGAUUUCUUGCGUUUCUUAUGGUACGAUGCAGGAGGAAAUAUAAUUGUUUUUAGACGUUGUAGAGUCGUUUUCGGGGUUACCUCGAGUCCCUUUAUUCUGAGCGCGAUUCUGAACUUUCAUUUGAAUAAUUAUGCGAAGUCUGAUAACGAUGUUUCGCUAAAUAGUAAAAGAUUGUUAGAAAGUUUUUACGUUGACAAUUCAGUAACUAGUGUGAAUACGCGAGAAGAUUUGAAUAACUUCAUCCUAGACGCAAAAAGACUGAUGAACAUGGCUGGUUUUGACCUUCGAGGGUGGGAGUAUAGUGAUGAUAAUUCCCAAGACAACCAGACAGUAGUAUUAGGCGUUACCUGGGAUAAAAAGGCUGACACGUUAGCAAUAAAAAUACCAGAUUUUCCAGAGUUACACGAUUCGAAAAUGACGAAAAGAAAGAUUCUUUCGUCGGCGCACCGUAUUUUUGAUCCAUUAGGUUUUGUAUGUCCUGUUAUGCUGUGCCCACGAAUUCUGUUACAGGAAACCUGGAGUGAAGAUUUAAAGUGGGAUGAUGAAGUUCCAGACAAGUUAAAGAAUAGAUUUUCGAAGUGGUUGGAAGAUUUGAAGGAGCUUAAUAAGAUUAGAAUUACACGAUGUAUUUUAGGACAAAUAUCUGACAAUGAGUCGGAUAACGUAAGUUUGCACAUAUUCUGUGAUGCUAGUAAAGACGCGUAUGCCACAGUUAUUUACAUUCGCGUUGAAAAUUUUGAGGGUGUAAAGGUUCACUUUGUACAAGCGAAAACGCGAGUUGCGCCUGCUAGAAAAGGUAAUACGGAUGCGCGAACCAGUAUACCGCGUUUGGAGUUGUUAGCAGCGACAAUAGGCGCCAGAUUAGCGAGAAAUGUAUUAGAUGCGCUUCAUUUUAAAACGCUUAAACUCUUUUAUUGGACCGACUCCUCGACUGUGUUAGCAUGGAUCCAAAGAGAAUGUAAUUGGGCAACGUUUGUGUAUAACCGAAUAAAAGAGAUACGUAUGCUAUCGGAUCCCGCGUGUUGGUAUCAUGUACAGGGUCGUUUGAAUCCCGCAGACUUACCAUCGAGAGGCUGUACGGCGAAACAAAUUAUGUCUGCGAGAUGGUGGGAGGGACCCGUAUGGCUAUAUGAGACGGCAGAUAAAUGGCCAAUGGGCAGAGAAUUGUCGUGCGAUGAAGACGAAAUUAGUAAAGAAUUAAAAAGAACCGCGAUAAACAAAAAAUCUGUUUGUACUCUCGUAGCGUUAGAAGGAAAGGGUGCGGAAGAGAACGAAUUUCUCAAAAUUCAAACGUCACGUACUCUGUUAUUAAAAUUGAUUCAAACCGAAUGUUUUACUGACGAAACGGAUAUACGUGUGAGACAUCUCAACGCGUUCAAAGAUAAAGACGAUUUAAUUCGAUUAAGUUCAAAAAUUGUACUGCGCAACGACGUUUAUAAUUUUAAGUGUCCUAUCGUUCUUCCCGGUAAACAUCGAAUCGUUAGUUUGAUUAUCAAAGAAAAGCACGAAAACUUAAACCACGCCGGAAUAGAGAUUUUAAUGAACGCAUUGCGUGAAGAGUAUUGGAUCAUAGGCGGUCGUAAAGUAAUUCGAUCGGUGAUUACGAAGUGUGUAAAUUGUCGCAGACAUGAUGCGAAGGCUUUCCAGACAAUUAAUGCACCAUUACCCUUAGAUCGGGUAAAAGACGCGGCCGUAUUCGAGGUUAUAGGUGUAGAUUUCACCGGGCCCGUUUAUCUUAAAGGCGGCCAAAAAUCAUGGAUUUGUUUGUUCACGUGUGCGGUUUUCCGUGCAGUACAUCUUGAGCUCGUGACAUCGUUGUCCACUGCGGCGUUUCUUAUGGCUAUUCGACGUUUCAUUGCGCGUAGGGGAAAGCCGAGUGUGAUAUACAGUGACAAUGGCACGAAUUUUGUUGGAUUGAAUAAUAUGUUUAAACAACUGGAUUUUGAAAAGUUGUCCCGAACGUUAGCCACCGAACGAAUUCAAUGGACAUUCAAUCCUCCAUCUGCAGCGUGGUGGGGCGGAUUUUGGGAACGAUUGAAUGGGGUCUUGAAACGAUUAUUGAGACGAACGCUUAAAAGAUCUUGUCUUGAUUACGAAGAAAUGUUAACAGUCUUAUUAGAUUGCGAAGCGGUGAUUAACUCCAGACCAAUUACUUUCCUCUCCGAAAGCAAACAGGAUAUUAUACCUAUAACUCCGUCUAUGUUUUUGCAAGAGAUAAAGGAAAUAGGAGUACUAGAUUUAGAUAAGAUAGAGAAAUGCGAUUUAUCCAAAAGAUACUUGUAUCGUCAGAAAAUCAAAGAAGAUUUACGCCAAAGAUUUCGAACUGAAUAUUUAGGUGCAUUGAUUCACCGAAAGUCUAAUGCAAAAACUGUGCAAGCUAUCGAAGUAGGCGAUAUAGUUUUAAUCGAGAAUGAAAAUGUAAAACGUUUGGAUUGGCCUCUGGCGCGCGUCAAGGAAUUAAUCGCAGGUAAAGAUAAUAAUAUUAGAAUCGUUCGAUUGACUACUGCCAGAGGCGAAUUGAUUCGUCCAAUACAAAGACUUUAUCCAUUGGAACUUAGAUAUGAGAAGAGUGAGUCUAAGGUGGACGAAAUUAUUGCGGACAAAUGCAAGGAUACCAGGAGAUUCAAGGAAUCCAGAAGUGGUGCUCCAGUUAUUAGCGGAGCGUAUGAUAAACGCAGUUGCGAUAAUAAAUCGUAUGUAACGAGAGCUGGGAGAAAAGUUAAACCCCCAGAAAGACUGUCUUAUACUUGA